AUGAUCAGUGCCACAGACGAACCACUCCAUGUGCUUGACCUCCCCCAGCUCUACCAGAAGCCCUCCGGGACAGAGCUCGUGAAAGCCUUGGCUCUUCUAAGUCUGAAGCCUCGCACAUUUGGCACGACCGCUGAUGUCGUCAAAGGCCCCGCCGUCCAGCCUGCAGGGGUGACUCGGUAUCUCACAUCUAUCAUUGCGAGCCCGCUCUCAUGGCUCGAUACCGACGAACUCCGGGAGGCGAUCUGGGAUUCAGCCGCCGCACGACUCAGUGAACGGUCUGGUCGAACCGCGAUGCCAGCAAUGUCACGAAUCUUCAACAUUCCCACCUCGUCCGGCGAAGAAUACACACUGACUCUUCACGAACCCUCGCUCACGGCCGACAAUCUUGGUAUGAAGACUUGGGUAUCUUCGUACCUUCUCUCACGCCGGCUCCACAACCUCGAAUCACCGCCAGCACUCGUUCCCUCGGCAUCGACCGGGCCCUCCACAUACAACCCCCAGAAACCCCUGCGAGCACUCGAACUAGGUGCCGGAACAGGCUUGGUUGGACUCUCCUUUGCCGCUCUGCAUGGCAAGUCUGCCACAAUCCACCUCACCGACUUGCCUGAGAUCGUCCCGAAUCUCGCCCACAACGCUGCCCUGAACGUAGAACUCCUGACCAGGACUGGGGCAACCGUGACCACCGGCCUACUGGACUGGUCGGUCUCGCCAUCGCCCCUUCCAACGGCGGAAGAGCGGUUUGAUGUGAUUCUCGCCGCGGAUCCCUUGUACUCGCCCAAACACCCUAAAUGGUUGGUGGAUACCAUCAAGCCUUGGCUUAGCCAUGGGCUUGAUGCGCGAGUCGUAACGGAGAUGCCGCUGCGAGAUGCAUAUCUGCCGCAGGUGAAAGAGUUCCGGCAGCGGAUGGGUGAGCUGGGUCUUUCUAUCAUUGAGGAGGGUGAGGAGAUCGGCUAUGAUGACUGGGAGAGCGCGGACGGAGGCGCGCUGGCCGUCAAGUGCUGGUGGUCGAUUUGGGGAUGGAGCGAGAAGGUGUGA